GGCUGCAGAGGAGGCUCACCACACACACAGGACACUCACAGUGGUGGAAAUGAUUCCUGUUUCUCUUUAACUAAGCGGAGUUUGCAUUUUUCUAACUGGAGCUUUUUUUUUCGUCUGUUAAAUGUCGUUGGCGGAAUAAAGACGUGAAGUCACUCCGGACUGGAACUUUAUUUAUGGACACUUUUACUUUCUUCUGACUCAGACGAAUCUCUGUUUUUAUUGUUUCGGAUAUCUUCCUGAUACUUGAACUUAUCCAGGACAGAGUUGUGUUUGAGGUCAAACAAACCCGCCAACAGACUUAACUGUAGUGUUGUGGAUAUAUUCCAGUCUCCAGUAAAAUGAGGUGGACACAGCUGCUCAGGAUUGUGCUGUGUGCAGUGAGCUGUCUCCACUGUGCUGCUGCUCUGCCUGCUGCAGGCUGUAAAGGAGAAGAUUGCAGCAGAGACCAGACCUCCAGUCCAUCCCACUCUUCCUCUUCUUUAUCUCCCCCUGAAUCUUCUCCUGUGGUGGUGGAAUCCCAGCAGCCCUCCCAGGACUUCCUGGACCAGUUUACCCAGGUGAACUCGCCAAACAGCGGGGACCGUAAACACCGUGACGCCAGUGCCGUCCUGCCCUUCAUUGGCCUCACAGGCAGUGCUGAGCAGAGUCGUAGCUGCUGUAAGAACGGAGGGACAUGUAUCCUGGGCAGCUUCUGCGCCUGCCCUCCUUUCUUCACAGGGAGGAGCUGCGAGUACGACCAACGCAUCAGGAGCUGUGGUAGGAUUCCUCACGGUGAGUGGGUUCAGAAAGGAUGCUCCUACUGUCGCUGUGGUUACGGUGUCCUGCACUGCUUCCCCCACGUCUUCCACAAAGACUGCGAUGACUCAGAGGAGGUGCGCUGGUAUCACUCGUCAGCUGUCAGGACAGUUCGGACCAGCUGCUUCCUGUAUCUGAUGCUGCUUCUUCCCCUGCUUCUCCUCCUCUGAUAUAAAUAUCCAUAUUUUUAAAUGGCUGCUGGACACAAAUGGGAGGAUUUAUGUGAAACACUGAGCUGUGGACUAUGCAAGAUUUCUCAAGCUGCUUCUUCAGGACUCUGAUCUGUCUCCCAACCCAUUAGAGAUUUUUAAGCUUUUUUAAAAUAUUGUAUUUUGUCCAAAUGCUACUGUAGUGGAGGAGUGAAAGAUUAUUUAAACUGGAAAUCAGGGUUGUUCCUUCAUGAUUGAAGAGAGAUUCUAAAAACAGAUUGUGUGGAUUUAACCUCUGCAGUUAGACUGUGAUUGUUGAUGGGGAUGUACGGUACUUCUGCUGCACUAAACUGUGCUGUUCCAGCUCUCAACACCUUACGAAUGAUGACCCUGUGAAAUGUUCAGGGAUCUUAAUGAGGACUGAAGGUUGAAUGGACUCGAACAUACCACUGGAUCAACUUUAACAUCUUCAAGAAUUCAGUGAAGUUGACUGAUCAGUUUCUUCAGACAGGGAAAACCAUCAGCUGAUGUAUCUGAACUAAUUCCAGUUUCCCCCAGACAUCACUUCAGAUUUGAACAUUUUAGGAUUCAAUACUGAAUCCAAUGUUUACAACAGAUUUAUAGCUCAACAGCUUUACAUACAUUCAUGCCAAGUCUCUUUUAAAACCUCUGAAGUGAGUCAGCAGUUUGACAGUGAAAGAAACUGCGACUGAACCACAAACGAAACAAAGAGUCUUUGAUUCUUAAAACUUUUCCUUCCAGUGGAAGGUCGUCUGUAUGUCUGUGGUGUCUCGAAUAACAAAGUGUAUGUGAAGGAAGCUGUACAUAAGAUUUUUAUGAGAGUAUGUUUUUUUGUCAUGUUAGGCUCUGUAGCUUAAUGUGAUUUUUUUUCUUUGUAAAGAAGACAGUGUCUUCUGUCUGUUUGCACAAACUGUGAGCUGAUGUGACAUUUUGUCCUUGGAAUACAAGCAUAUAUUGAAUAUGUGUCUAUGAAAUUCUGUUGCAAGAGUUUUGGGUUUGUGUUGUGAGAUUUGUCUCUGCAAAAACAUAUUGACAUCAUUAAAACAAAUGUGACAGUGGAAGUGAAACGGAAAGUCAACUUUUUUAUAUGAACACCCCUCAUCCACACCCCACCAUGCUUUCAUCUGCAAAUAUGUUUCAAAGUAAAUAUUAAAAAAUAUUUUUUAUUUUCCCAACAGAAUCUUU